AGCAGCUUAUUGGACACCUUGAGAAAAACAGGAUGUAGAGGCUUGUGGCUGAAGCGGCUAACAGGAACUUGACACACGCAGUAGGAACAGAGACAUUUUGACCUAUCUACGUAAUUUCAAAAAAAGCAUCACUUGUCUAUAGACCACCAGAACAUCACAAGGAGAAAUGGCCCAACUCCUGAGUCUUUAUAUAUUACAGCUGCUGUUUGGUGUCUUUUGGCCAAGUCUCCUUCAGUUCGCUUCAGCUGAUCAUGUAUUUGUCUAUCCUGGACAGAACAUCACCCUGUCCUGUAACAUCACUAUUUAUAAUACAAUAUUUUGGUAUCAACUGAGAUCUGAGGAGGUGAAUCUCCUGAUAUCUGCUAAACAAGGGAAAUUGAAUAAAAAGUUUCUCUUCAGUUAUAAUGUGAAUGAGAGUCGAUUUGGAAUAACAGAAAGCUGCAGUUUAGUGAUUUUUGGUGUUGGAGAGACAGACCUGGGAUUUUAUUAUUGUGGAGAUCGAAAGGAUGAGACACACAUUCAGUUUGGGAAACCCAUCAGACUGAAUUUUACAGAUGACCAUGACACCUUGCUCAAGCCUCCAGGCACUGAGCAGUCUACAGGAGCAGAGAUCUGGAUUAUAAGCACUAUGUGUCUGGUCUCUGUCCUAAUAAACCUCAUCUGCAUGUGUGUGUUCUGCUGCAGGUUCACAGGAAGGUCAGUGUCAUCAUGCAGCUGUUGCAGUACCACCAAAGAUUCCACUGAAAAAGUGGAAAAGGAGGAAAAUAUUCAUUAUGCCAGCAUCCAAUACAAAAGAAGGCCUAGAAUGACUGCUAAGAAAAAUACAUCAUCAGAUUUGGACAGUGUGACCUACGCAACAGUCGCCUUACAGCCUCGGAGACACUGACCAGUACAAGGUGUUAAAAUUUAUUACAUCAUUAUAAACACAUCAUCAUACUGUAUUUUCCUGCUGUCUUUGUUCUUAAUUUGUUUUCUUUCUUUUUUUUUGUUUGUUUUUUUAUUUUUAAAUAAGGAAAUGAGUUAACAUAGAUUUCUGUGGACAUGAAAUUAACUAUUGUAAAUAAAUCAUUAUAUUUUUAAUGAACACAAAUUUUACAAGAAUCACCUGGUUAUUUAGAUAAAUAAAUACAAUACAAAAGUAAACAGUUCAUCAGGGCUAUAUAGGUUUUACCUGAUUCACUCAUAUAAAUAAGAUGAAAAGCUGAGAUCCUGGUGGAGAUAAAAUGGCAGUGAGAAACAAGAUGAGGUGUAACACAUUUUAUGCUGCAUAAAAAUAUUCUGUGUAUGUCACCACCGAGUCUCCUUUUACAAACCUCUAUAAUACUCCAUAUGUAACUUAAAAAUCGACGUAAUGCCCAGCUUGAUGCUAAUGUAAAGUGUAUACAUUAUGUAUAUGUACAUAAAGUGUAUAAGUUAAUGUAUAUGUAAAAAUGAA